GAGAAAAGCCAACUUAAGUAGUAAGGAAUCUAUGUCAAAAUUCUAUGGUAGGAAGUAGCAUUUAGUUGAGUCGGUGCGACUUUGGAAUCCGACAAGACGAGAGUCGUCAGUAGCUAAUUCCGCCACCGGCACGUCGAAUACCGACCAAAUCUCAAUCAUACAGUGAACUUCAGAGAAGAAGAUGUUGGAAUUCCAUUGUUCUUCUGAUUCGUAGCUUCCUGCAAAUGGGCUCUGCCGAUGAGAUUGGACUACCGCUCCAAUUCGACGUCGAAGACACUAUAUUCGUUGCUGUGGGCACCGAUGUUGACGACGCCAAAGCUACUCUCGUUUGGGCUGUCCAAAACUUCGCCGGCAAAAGUUUUUGUCUGCUUCACGUUUAUCACCUUCCUCCCAGAAAUGAAGAGCCAUCUUCCUAUACACUAAAAGAACAUGUAGCGCAGGCAUUUGAGGAACCAGAAAGGCAAAAGCCUUUUGAACUUCUUAAUCAAUAUGUUCUCAUACUUGCCAAACUGGGGGUACAAGCCCAGAAAGUAUGGAUUGAGACGAACAACGUUGAGAGAGGGAUUGUUGAAAUUAUUGCUCAGUACAGUAUUAAAUGGCUAGUCAUGGGCUUAGACACAGAAAGAUACAAUAUGAAGAGGUCUAUCGAGUUGAAGUCCAAGAAAGCUUUCUAUGUAUCCCAGCAAGCACCAAUAUGGUGCCACAUAUGGUUUGUCUGCAGAGGGCGCCUUAUAUACUCAAGGGAGGGCAGAAUGGGAAGAUCAAAAAGUUCGGAAGUAGGAAUCAACUAUACCGACCAUCUUAAACCAGAGUCUGUAACUUGUAAGAACUUUGCAGAUGCUCAAGAAAAGGAGAAUGCGGGUGAUAAGAUAAGCAGGUUUAGAUAUCAAGGUUUGGUGGAUCAGAAACUUUACAAUAAUGGGGACCUGGGCACUUCAAGGACAACGCUAUUGUUAAAGAAUGAGGGAGUAAAAGAGGGACAUCCAGUUAGCCAGAGUGGUUUGCAAGAAGCCUCGAUGAAUGGUAAAUCCAUAAAAGACUUUGAGGGAGUGAAGGCUUGGGUAGAGAAAGAUACUGUGGGUGCUGAAUUCAAGGCUGAAUCAUUAGAAAGCUCGUGUAUGGAGGAGGUGAAGAAAAGAAAAGAGAUGGAAGAACUUUUAGAGAAAGAGAAAAAGGAAGUGGAACGGAUGAACAAAGAGCGUGAUGGGCUUUUGGAAGAACUACAACAUGUCGAAGAACAGAAAUCAGUACUCGAGAGAAAAGCUUCAGAGUACCAGUCUGAUAUGGAGGAGCUGGAGAAGAAGAUGUUUGCAGCUGUUGAUCUUUUAGUGAGUUUCAAGGAGAAGCGAGAUAAAUUGCUGAUAGAGCGUGAAGGUGCAAUGGACAAGCUUCGAAAGCUGAAGAAUAUUGUUAAAAGGGAACCUUCACGCUAUCACAAUGCAGAAAUGCCUAUGUUCUCCUUCGUAGAAAUAAUUGAAGCAACGAGAAACUUUGACCCUUCCUGGAAGAUUGGUGAGGGAAGACAUGGCAGUGUUUAUAAAGGCCUCCUUCGUCACAUGGAUGUCGCUCUAAAAAUGUUUCCUUCGUAUGGUUCUCAUUCCCAAUCAGCAUUUCAUUAUGAGCAGGUUGAGGUCUUGAGUAGGGUUAGGCAUCCCAACCUGGUUUCAAUUAUUGGAGCAUGUCCAGAAUCUAGGUUAAUAGUGUAUGAAAAUUUAAAAAAUGGCAGUUUGGAAGACCACCUUGCCUGCAAAAAUCACAAUUGCCCACUUCCAUGGCAGACACGGAUUCGCAUUGCUGCUGAUAUCUGCUCAGCCCUUAUAUUUCUACAUUACAGCGACCCUUGCAUUGUCCACGGGGAUAUAAAACCAAGCAAAAUCCUACUUGAUACCAAUUUUAUUGCCAAACUAGGUGGUCUGGGCAUCUCUCGUUUGAUCCCGCAAGAAGAGAAGGCCUUUAAUUCGGCCUCAGUAUGUAAUAUAUCGAAAGAAAAUAAUCCAUAUAUAGAUCCUGAAUAUCUUGAGACGGGAAAGUUCACUCCAGAAUCAGAUGUCUACUCUGUUGGUGUUAUUUUGCUGCGAAUUUUAACUGGCAGAACACCUCCGGGUAUAGUAAAAGAUGUAAAAUGUGCUAUAGAAAAUGACAACAUUGUUGUCGUUUUAGAUUCAUCAGCUGGAGACUGGCCACAUGAUCUAGCAGAGCAAUUAGCUCUUGUGGCAUUGAGGUGCUGCGAGAAGGAAAAGUUGGAUCGGCCUGACCUUGUCUCAGAAUUAUGGUGUGUUUUGGAGCCAAUGAGAUCCAUUGCCUCAGCAUCAUGUUCGAGUCUGAAGAAACACUCUCGAGUGCCUGCACAUUUUACGUGUCCGAUUUUUCAGGAAAUUAUGAAAGAUCCACUCAUUGCUGCAGAUGGAUUCACAUACGAAGCUGAUGCAAUAAGAGGAUGGUUCCAAAGUGGCCACAACACUUCUCCGAUGACAAAUCUUAAACUUGAGCACUGUAAUCUUGUACCAAAUUAUGCUCUUCUGAAUGCAAUUCAAGAGUGGCAGCAUCAGCUAUGACGACUUUGUUUUAGAUUCCUUACACCUUCACCUGCCAGAAGAUACUACAAACUGGUAAGGGUUGGUACAAAAGCUGUCCCAUAAUAACAGUUCAUACAUGUUAUUUACAUACCUAUAUCUUUCCAUGUACAGAACAUUGUUAUAGACCUAAAUAAAGCAUAGUUCAUACUGUUGAUUUAAA